CUUUCAUUAUAAGCAGUUACCUAAUUUAACCUAAAUGACCAACGUCCAAAUAAGGUCUCGCUCCUCCCGUUGCUUGGGGGUGGUGCUGAAGGAACAGCUCCCAGUUUCCAUCCUGCUCUCUCUCAGGUCCGCUUAGGGAUCAUCCCACCGGUGAAGCCAUGAGGGGUUCCGCAAAGACAUGAAUCACCAAAGUUCUUCUCACGAACCGGAUCUAGCUCCGAAGACGCAAGGAUACUUGAUUAGCUAACUUAAGAUGAUGAAGAGGCAGAACGUGCGCACGCUCGCUUUAAUUAUUUGCACCCUGUCCUAUUUGCUAAUUGGAGCGGGAGUCUUCGACGCGCUGGAGUCGAAGCAAGAAAAAAGCCAGCGGAGAAAGCUGGACUAUCGCAAGUUUCUACUGAUGAGCAGGUACAAUCUGUCCAAAAACGAUUUCGAGCAGAUUGAAAAAGUAGUCUUGCUUCUGAAGCCGCACAAAGCCGGAGUGCAGUGGAAGUUCGCCGGCUCUUUUUACUUCGCCAUCACUGUGAUAACGACCAUAGGUUAUGGCCAUGCUGCCCCCAGCACAGAUGCAGGGAAAGCGUUCUGCAUGGGCUAUGCGCUUCUGGGCAUCCCACUCACUCUGGUGAUGUUCCAGAGCCUGGGUGAACGCAUUAACACCUUUGUCCGCCUCCUGCUGCACAAAGCCAAGAAGUGUGUGGGUCUGCGACGACCAGAGGUCUCCAUGGCCAACAUGGUGACUAUCGGCUUCUUCUCUUGUGUUGGCACCCUUUGCAUUGGGGCAGGUGCCUUCUCGCAUUAUGAGGGCUGGAGCUACUUCCACGCUUUCUACUACUGCUUCAUCACUCUGACAACCAUCGGUUUUGGGGAUUAUGUGGCCCUGCAGAAGGACAAUGCGCUCCACAAUGACCCCCAUUACGUGGCCUUUAGCUUUGUCUACAUUCUGAUGGGCCUGACGGUGAUUGGUGCCUUCCUCAACUUGGUAGUGCUGCGUUUUAUGACCAUGAACGCAGAAGAUGAGAGGAGGGAUGCAGAACAACGGGCUCUGCUCUCCAAAGACAAGCAGAAAGUGCAACCUCCUCGCCACACCAACCUCCAAACCUUACAAACACAGGAGCAGGACGGUAAGAGGCAAGGACUAAAAAGUGUCUAUGCUGAGGUACUUCACUUCCAGACUGUCUGUUCUUGCUUGUGGUAUAAGAGUCGGGAGAAGAUGGUGAUGCUUCCCCAGGACUUGUCCUUCAGUGAUGCACUUAUGGAGCAGGAUAACUUCUUUGAGCCAGACUCCACAGGCUGUGUGUGUAGCUCCCAGCGCUGCUCAGCCAUUAGCACUGUGUCCACUGAUGUGAGGAGCAUCUCCCCCUUCAGACUGCUCUCCAAGAGACGCAGCUCCGUCUAGAUGUGUUUAGCAUAGGUGAUGUCAGAUGAUAGAUGGAAGCUCACAAAAACACUGCUACUGUUUGUUUCUGCUAUACAUGCAUGCAUUCAAGUACAGAUGCUGGAGCACAGCCUUUGAAGUGUACGUACAAAGAGGAAAGUCAGAGUAGGUUGGGAAUUAUCGUGUCUUAAGGACACAGUACCUCUUACAUGUGUCAUGUGUGUGUGAAAUGAAUUGUCUCCUCCUGAGACCUUAUAAACUUUAUAGAAAGUAAUAAUGGACUUCUUGCUACGUCAUAAUUACAUUAUACUCCCUGACAUGGUGCAAUACAAUAUUCAAAACAUAAUUUCAACAGUGCUUUAUUACGACAAUACCAAUAGCAUACCUUAUUAUCUCCUCAAAUCACUCCUCAAACCUCAAAUUUUAUUACUAAUUAAUUAUCACAUAUUGUAUCAGUCAAGUUCUUAUUGUUUUGUGAUCACUAGUUUUAUGUCUAUAUGAUGUCAUGAUUUAAUCACAUUUGUUUGAAAAUUCUAUGCUGCACAAUGUGCUAUAAAUCAACUUUGCACCAAUAUUCUGUUGAAAAUGGGUCAAUUUGUAUGACUUUAAUUAAAUAAAGAUCAUUUUAUGUACUGUAUAUUAAAUGUACUGUAGAUAAAAAAAACUGUAACGUGUAGAAGCCCUUUUAAUACUGCACGACACUGGAGCAGGACCAUGAAAAUGAAACACCUAUAACAUAACCACUGAUCCAGAUGGCAUGCCAACAUGACUUCUGUUCUUUCCCUGGCUCUGUCCAGCCUCGGACAAGAAUAGUCUCCCCCUUUGAAGACAGUUACAGUAUAUUAACCUCAUAAGAGUUGCAUGGUGUGAGGUACAAGAACUGAAGAUGAUGCAAGAUGAUGAAUGUCUACAAACAUUCUGUUCUGUUCUGUUCUGUUGUAGUGAUGAUGAGUAGCACAAGGUUAGCCACAGCAACAACGAUUACACAAAUCACACACAUCCCAUUAAUAUACCCCAUGGCCUAUCCACACCUCAAAAUGAUACAAAUUUGAAAGGCAAUAUAUUUUUUCUCUAUCUGUACUGUAUAAGAAGUGCA